CAAACAUCGACUGCGGAUCCCAACUGCACGUGGGUCUCUUAAGCUAAACAAUAAGCGUUUUUGUGCAUACAAUGGGGAAAACAAGAAGAAAUAAAACGAGAUUUGCUUUAAAAGUUAAUCCAAUUGGUCUGGAGGCCAACGAAGUGGAUGAUUUUCUGAAUGCUUGCGACGAGUAUGAGACUUCCGGCGUUGGACCUAUAGAAUCCAUUAGGGAUCAGCUACAAAAUGUCAAUAUCGAGGAGAAGCUAAACGGGCUGCAAUCUCUUGCAGUUUUAACAGCAAGCAAAGAUAAGGUGACGGCUAUUUGUCAAAGCGACGUCGUGCGUAUAGCUGCUCCCCUAUUAUGCGAGAAGGACGACUCUGUACGUAACGCCUGUGCUGGGGCUUUAAGAAAUCUUUCGGUGAAUGGAACCGAAGUGUGUGACUUCCUUGUUGAGCAGGACGUUCUCACACCCCUACUUGCUUUACUGUCCGAAUAUGCUCAGAAUAAUGAUUGGAAGCCCAGCUUUGAUGCAAAUAUGUGCAAUCAGAUGGACCUGCAGUCGGAUGUAUUUCUGCAAGCCAUAAAUUUGCUAUGGAAUUUGUGUGAAAGCACCUCAAUUGCUGUGGAAACGUUCAACCAAAGCAAACUUCUGGAAAGUUUCAUUAGAUGUUUAGACUUCAACGUCUAUGGUAUUGAAAUAGCAAUUUCAGUUGCUCAAUGUCUGUUAGUUGUAACUGAAAAUAAUCCGAAAACAUGGCACAUUCUUAACCAAUAUGUGGCCAAUUUUUUGUGUCUGCUUUCUCUAAGUGGUGACUUCGGUCAUGCUUAUCUACGUACAAUGGCUGCGGGUAUUAUAAGUAAUGCUCCUGCAUUAGCUGCAUCGUAUGCUGGGACAAUACUUCAAGCUUUGAAUGAGGUUUUGGACACAAAUCAUAAGAUAGCUCUUUCUGGAAUAAGUGGUUUGUGUAACGAGAACUCUGAAAAGGACACGCCCGAGUUGGAAAUAAAAAUGGAUACACAGGAUGAUGAAACUGAAGAGGCCGCAGCAAACCGCCGAAGACGCCAAGAACUGCCAACCGAGGCAGACAUUGCUGUACGAAAUGUUGGAUACUUGUUGGAUGCGCAACGUGUGGCUGCCGAGAUCAUAACGAAUUUGUGCUCUCCGGAUGAUGAAGAAUGGUCUGACAUGGAGGAUGACGAUGCUUCUGAAAAUGAAAGCAUUGUUGAUUACGAAUCAAAACAGAGCAAUGGCAGUAGCACCAACCUCCAUGAAGGUGAUAAAUUGCCGACCGAAGUUACAGAAGCUAUUAAGUCGCUUGCAUUGGUGGAAAAGAUGUGGCAACGAUCACAGCCUUUGGAAAACACACUGGCCCAACAAUUAAUGGAGUCAAAUAUUGGCCUCCUUAUGAAGGCUAAGAAUUUGCGUAUUUCAUCCCUUUUAUGCCUGCAGAAUUUAUGCAACUGUCUAAGUGCUGAAGAUUUGGGAGGUCACAAUGCCAUUUAUAAUGUUUGGGUAGAAUUAGGCCAGCAAGUGUUUAAAGGACCCAAGGAUCCAGCAGUUAUGGAACCAUCGACUUCACUGAUGCGAGCAUCUUUAGAGCAUUUGAAAACGAAAAAAGAACUGUUUAGUCAAAUGACUCAAAAUGAUUUAGAACUAAUUCUUAAUGGUGUUAAAAAUUGCAGUAUGCCAGAGAUCCGUGCAAACUGGCUACGCAUGUUGGGUACUUUAGGAUGUUUGCUGAACGAGGCACUCGUGCGUGUUAUUAUCUCCUUUAUUGUGGAAACGUGUUCUAAUGAAGAGGAUGUAUGGACAAUUUCUGAAGCUCUUGACGCCCUAAUGGAUAUGUUCUCCGACAAUGAUUGGCAUCAAAUUUUGUUAGAUCUCAGCUUGCCUAUUGUUAUUAAGGACUUGGAGAAAAGAUUCAAAACCAAAGUGCGCUCUCAACGAAAGGAACUAAAGGAUCGUUAUCCCGCUGUGCAGACCGUUGUUACCAAUUUAUCCCGUUUUACAAAGUAUAUUGAAAAGGAAGCUGUAAAAUAUGCGAAUGGCUCAAGAUGUACCUAAUAAAAAUAUGUCAGGCAUAUACGUAUGUCCAUGUAUAAGCUAAGUCAUUAUCCCUACAAACACAAACUUUAUACAUACAUAAUAUUUGAUAAUCUUGAUACGAAACGUAUUAAUAAAUUUUAUGUUUGUAAAACUGUAAA